AUGGAAGAAGGAGGAGAAGGAGGAAUAUUACGGAGAUCUAUGCUGUAUAAUUUGCCUUCCAUGGGAAUAUAUAGUAAGUUUUUGAGUGCAAAAUUUAACGAAAGCCAUGACGACGUGAAUAAAAUAGAAUCGGCGCUAGAAACAUAUGAAGAUAAAAUAGAAGAAUACGAGAAGAUUGGACAGGCCUGUGGUCUCGCAUUCAAAAUGGAGAAAAAGGACAGCGGACCGUUGUAUAGCGAGCGCUGUAAUUUCCUAUUUUUUUGGAUAGGGGACUACGUGCGGCGCAAAAUGAAGAUUAAGACAGAUUAUACUACAUUUAAUAAUAUUAUGAGUGCUGCUUGCACCGCACUUCAGAGUAAUUUGACUGAUGUUAGUGACUGUGAUGUUGCAUGCAAAGGCAUUAACUGGAACAAUUUCCAACAAAGAAAAGAAGCCUAUGAAUACAUCUAUGACCACAGUUACAUAAAGGGGGAGUUAAAUAAAUAUGAAUCAAAGUGUAGUAAGGAUUGUUCCGAAUAUGUACAGAAGUUAGUUGAAAAUUAUAAUGAAGUACAUACAAUUUGCGAAUGUCAUGCCACAUCCGGCACUUAUUGUGAAAAGUUUGAACAGGAGUAUACGAAGAAUCAGGGUAAUGGACUGUCUGAUUUAAAAUGCACAAAUGUACUAGAUGGUUCCGACCUCGGUGUUGGCAAAAUGGAUCUGCAGGACAGGGAGAAGGUUAUUUCUGCUGUGUGUUUCUCCAUAAACUCACAUGCAACAAAUUCAUAUGUGUGUCCACAUGAAAUAUUUUCUAUCCAUAGUGUAAUGAAUUUCAAGGAUAAAAUUCUAAAGGAUGCACCUUCAACAAAAGCGUACAGUGCACUCAAUAAAGGGCAAAGCGAUUGUAAUGGGGAUGAUGAUAAUUUUCCUACAGACCUGAAGGAAGCAUGGAAGUUACAUGCUAACAAUAGUGAAAAUAUAGAGGACCUUAAGAAAGUCUGGUGCAGAGUGCGUAACCUGAAAGGGGACAAUUUGUCCGAAGAUGAACGGUGCCAUUUUUCCUAUUAUUACAUAGGGCAUAUAUUCUCUGGCGAUCUAAAGAGUGAUGAAUCAUUUUGGAAUUUUAUGGAUAAGGUAUUAGAGAAAUUGAAAGCAUUGCCUGAUGGUGGAAAUAAAUGUGAAAUUGUGCGUAGCCCUUUUGAGUACGUGUAUUUAGAUUCUGAGAAAAGAGUAUAUGAUUCUUAUAAGGACUAUACAACUAUAAACGAAAAGGUAGGGGUUAAUGGAACCGCCUGUAGUAAAGAUUUACAGCAUUAUCUACAGGAGGCUGCACUAGCAUAUAGCAUUAUAAAGGGACACUGUGAAAAGGGACUCUAUAGUGGAAAUGCAUAUUGUAUUAAAUUUAACACCCAGUAUAAAGAACUCAUUCGUGAGAAACUCCUAGGCUCAAAGUGUAUAUCAGACAGGGCACAGGGAUUUUUACGUGAUGCGGAAGGAGUGAAUGCGGCCGCCACUGCUAUCUCUUCCAUACUAGGAAUAGUCGGCCUACCAACAAUUGCCUUUUUUCUCCACAAGUAUAAUCUCCUACCCCCCUGGAUAAGUCACUACUUUGGAGGAGGAAGGAGCCCCCACACCAGAAGUAAUAGAGGAAAAAGAAGAUCAGGUGCAAAGAGCUGGGACACAUUAACGGACAACGAUUCCACGAUCGGCUCAACUGUAGCUUCCACAUCAAACCUGUCAAGAACAACAACAGAAAAUUAUACCAUAUAUAAUGGUAGAUCACCACCCACAAGGACAAAUAGUGGAAGGAAUAGUAAUAGACAGCAGCAACAGAGACAAAGGUUUGUAUCUUAA